ACAGUCUGCCUGGGAGGAAGGAUUUUUUUGGUCUAUUUUCUCAGUCUACGGUAUUCACUGAAAAGCUUUCACACAGACGUACGAUUUAUUUAUUUAUUUUUUAUCUUCAUAGAUUUUGAAUUUUUGAGGAAAUAAAAGUCACAAUGUCCAGAGUUGGCAACCUGUCCAAACUGCGCCAAGAGAGGAUGAAAGAGAUCAACCUGCGGAACAAAGAAAGAGAGCGCAUAAGGGAACAAGAGAAGGAAGCACGGGAGAAGGAGGCACGUUACAGCAACGGUCACCUCUUUACCUCGCUGACAGUUUCAGGGACAACACUAUGCUCAGCAUGCAACAAAAGCAUUACCGCCAAGGAGGCCCUCAGCUGCCCCAUAUGCAAUGCCACUAUCCACAACCGCUGUCGAGACACUUUGCCAAACUGUUCCAAAAUGAAACAACGGCAGCAGAAGAUGGCCCUAACACGGAACAACUCGGCCCUGCAGAAUGUUACACUGCGCACAAAAAAUCCAAGAAUGCGUGAACGACCAAGUUCAGCCAUAUACCCUUCAGACACCCUACGACAGUCUUUGCUGGGAUCUCGCCGUGGACGCUCUGGUCUAUCCUUGUCCAAGAGCGUCUCUACCAACAACAUUGCAGGGACACUGAAUGGUGAGUCUCCGCUGGGACUACGCAGGAUUCUAUCUCAGUCCACGGACUCUCUCAGCUUCAGGACCAGAGCCGUAUCAAUGGAGUCUCUCGAUGAUGGAGACAUCUACUACUCUUCGGUGCUAGAAGACCUAGAACUGGAAGGCCAGGAUUUUAAAGCUGACUCAUGGAGCAUGGCCGUGGACAGGAGUUACCUGCAGACACACCGCAAAAAUAUCAUCAAGAGGCAGGAUGUUAUCUAUGAGCUGAUCCAGACAGAGGUGCACCACAUGCGAACACUACGCAUCAUGGAACGUGUGUUCCAGCAGGGCAUGCUCGAAGAGAUUCAGCUGGAACCCAGCGUAGUUCAUACUAUGCUUCCGUGCCUGGAUGAGCUGUCCAGGAUACAUUCCCAUUUCCUAGCACAACUUCUCAUUCGGCGCAAUGACAGCCUAGAAGUUGGAUCCAGUUGCAACUUCACCAUUCACCAGCUUGGGGACAUUUUGCUACAACAGUUCUCAGGCCAGUGUGCAGAUGAGAUGAGGAAAACCUACGCUGAGUUCUGUAGCCGCCAUUUGAAGGCUGUCAAACUGUACAAGGAACUGCUGGCCAGAGACAAGAGGUUCCAGUGCUUCAUACGGCGGGUGAGUCGUGGACCCUUGCUGCGUUGCCAUGGUGUUCAGGAGUGCAUACUGUUAGUGACUCAGAGGAUCUUCAAGUACCCUGUCCUUAUUCAGCGCAUUCUGGACAACACCACUGAUGAUGAAGAAGAAGCCUCUUCUCUGGCCCAAGCUCUCUUGAUGGUUAGAGAUCUUCUCAGUUCAAUAGACCAACAGAUGGAAGAUCUACAGAAGACAGAAAGGAUGCAGGAGAUUCAGUCAAAGAUGGACCCGCGGGCCGAGGCCAGAGUAAGGGAUGGUAGACAGUUUAGGCCAGGAGAGCUGCUCCGCCGAAGACUCAUCCACGAAGGAACCCUGUUUUGGAAAUCCCCAGGAUCACGUCUCAAAGAUGUACAGGUCUUACUGAUGACAGACAUCCUGGUGUUUCUACAGGAGAAAGACCAGAGGUACAUCUUUGCAUCCUUGGAGAAACCCCCAGUACUGUCCCUUCAGAACUUGAUAGUGAGGGAUAUAGCCAAUCAGGAGCGGGGCAUGUUCCUCAUCAGUGACUCCUCUCCUCCUGAGAUGUAUGAGCUCCAUGCUGCUUCAAAGGAAGAGAAGAAAACUUGGAUGUGCCACAUUCAGCACACUGUCAGCAAGUGCCCUUCAAGAGAGGAGUUCCCCCUCAUAGAGACCGAACACAAAGCCCAUCUAAGAAGACUCAAAGCUGACCUCCAGCAAAAGGACAAGGAGAUGCUGGAGCUCCUGCAGGAGAGGGUCACUCUGUUUUGUGAGCUGGCAGAGCUGAGCUGUGGUCAGGGGGGGCUGCAGCUCACCAACACCCGAUACCUGUUCAGAGCAGACACACCACAAGCUCCACGGGCUGAGAAACUCCUACUGGAUGCUACAUCUGAGGUGGACAGGUUGAGUGAGCUCCUCCUGGGUUCCAGAGCGGCCAUUCCCCCUCUGUACCAACACCACCACACAGAAGCAGUAGAAACCUGUGAUCAAUAUCCAUUGAUUAACGGAACCUAUGAUUUCACCACAGAAAAGGAAAUAUAUCAAAGGCUGGUUAAUCUCAGCGUUUAUCUCCAUGCACUCCAGGCUGCUGUCAUUAAACAGGACACUAUAUUGGAGCUGCUGCUGCAGCCAGAGGACAAUAUCGUCCCAGCAGUUGGAGACCUAUGGCACCCUCUCAGACGAGAUAGCGGUAAUCGAGACCCCUGUGCAGGCUCAACCAUUGGGGAACUGGCUCUGCUGCAGAGACAGCACAGUCUACUGAAAGAGGAGCUGGUGAGGCUGCGUGAUGCUGAAAGUCGAUUCAAAGACAGUGAGAGGGCCAGGGCCAAGCUGGAACGGCAGGUCAGACACAUGAAGGUCUACAGCGGAGCUUCACCUGCCUCUCAACAAAUCAGGGAGCCAGCUUCUCAACUUCAUCAAGGAGGAGAGAUUUCCACCAGAGUGGAUGACACCCUGCAGGCCACCCACCAACCUGUCCAUCUAGAAGGCCUUCAAGAUGGGAGUGAUUUGGAGGUAGAAAUGACCUCAGAUGAUGAUGAUGAUGAUGAUGGGACAGCAUCUGGAAGCUCUAAAGAUCUUCAAGACAUUCAAGAGGAAAUCUGAUCUUUGAGGAAGUCCACAGUGAUAAUGUUCUAAUAAUAUGGAAUAUGUGAUUAUAAUACACAGUGAUGGAAGAGAUUUUUCAGCAUAUGGCUGAAAUACGAUGGUGUGCAUGUCCAUUUUUUUUCUUCAAGUUUUAAUAAUUGUUUAGCUGCUUUGCUUUUUAUUUAUCUAACCUGUGAGAAUAGAUAUUAUAUUUUUCAGUAAUGCUUUGGAUUGUUUGGAUUUCCCUGAAUUGUGCCUGAUGGAUACUGCAAUCCUACACUAUAACUCAUGAUCUAAAAG